AAUGACGAUGGGCCCUCAAAUCCCUCUGGAAGGCAUCCAACUGAUAAUGGCACCAAAAACGAGGCACUAAUGCGUUGUAGGAGAACCAUUUUUAUGGCCUCUUUCAAUGCAUGUACAAUCCGUACAGACUCGAAAGCAAGAGAACUAAGCAACCGAGCAUCAGCGCUCAGCAUCGAAGUCUUGGGGAUCCAGGAACACCGGCAUGUCCACCCAGCCGUACUCCAGUUUAGCCGAAUCGAGGACCAUUUUCUUGUAACAUCCUCAGCGUGGAGAAAUGAGGCACAAGCAGCUGUGGGUGGGGUGGGUCUUCUGCUGACCAACCGUGCAAAGAAAGCGCUAUGCGACGUUCAAUCAUACACUCCUCGCAUUCUUCUGGCCAUAUUUGCCGGUAACCCAGCCACUACAGUAAUAGUAGCAUAUUCUCCAACGAAUGCCUCGGAUACCGCUGAUAUGGACCUUUUUUACAGACAUCUUCGUGGAGCCAUACAGGAUACCCCCGCGCAUAACUUCUUGGUCAUCUUAGGGGACUUUAAUGCCAGACUUGGCCCUGCGGACGCAAGCUUCCCUUUCCACCAAGAUACUAACAGAAAUGGUGAAUACCUUGCCGAACUGAUGAUGGAGCACAACUUGCUGGCAGCCAACACCUGCUUCAGAAAACGGAUGGGAAAGAGAUGGACAUUCAUGGACAGGGCCACUGAGUCAAAACGACAACUUGACUACAUCCUGGUUAGAAAGAAGUGGCGUAACCGCGUACUCAAUGCCGAAGCUUAUAACUGCUUUGCGAGUAUCGGUUCUGAUCACAGAGUGGUUUCAAUGAAGUUCCGUCUUAGCCUUCGAGUUCCCAAGCAACAACCAAGGCAAACGCACUAUAACUGGAAAUGUCUGGCGACCUCUCCAGCCCUACAGGAGUGA